AUGGAUGCAGGCGGCGUACCAUUUGGUGUCUAUGCGAUCGUUCAGAACUUCAACUUCGCCCUCAAAUUCCAACCUCAAGCUUUCGCCAGUCUUACCCUGAUCGCAUGGGGCCAAACACUCUACUACCACAACAAAUGGCGGGUCUGGACAGCGACUGUUGCGACCAUCGCUCUCGCAGCUAGCUUCGGUAUCAUGGAACUCAUCCUCAUUCUUACACUGCGCGGACCAUACAGCCGCGGCGUCGAAUGGCCCAUGAUGCUAAUGGCCAUCUCCGCCUCCGUAAUCCAAGUCAUCGGCCUAAUCCCACCCUACUUCGAGCUCGCCAAGCGCAACGGCCGCGUCAUCGGAAUCGACUUCUGGUUCCUCACCAUCGACUACCUCGGCGCCUUCUUCUCCCUCAUGGCCGUCGUCGCACAGCAAUGGUUCGAUGCUCUCGGUGCCAGUCUAUACAUCGCCUGCAUGGUCCUUGAGACUGGCAUCUUUGCCAGCCAAGCAGUCUGGCUAUGGCGUGUCAGACAUGUGCGCAAGGAAGCUAAGAAGGCGGGCAAGACGUACGACGAAUACGUUGCUGAGAAUAGCGGCAAGAAGUUGCCGAGGUGUGGGAGUGAGGAGACAUUUGUUGAUGUUGAGACGGGGUGCGAGAAGAAGACGACGAUUGGAGGUGGAGAGUAUGAUGCUGGUACGGCUGAGAAGACUGCCGAGAAACCAUCCACGACCCAAGAGGAACGCAUCGAUGCCACCGAGGCGACUGCGACACCCGCAUCGACAUCGACAACCACAUUGACGCCCAUAUUCACUUCGACGACAACCGCGCCAUCACCCGACACACUUCAGGCUCCCCCACCUGCCGUUCUGAAGAACGACACGUCCGGUUGA